AUCAGACCAUCGACAAUCGCACCACGGCAAGGUGUAACUCCUUGGUGAGGGUCGAUAAGUUUUAUGAUCGAUUAUUCUUGUAUUUGUCGUCGAGGGUAGGAGAACUAUUAACGUUUAGUAAUAUUUCGUCGUUUGUAGUUUGUUUUCAUUAAUUUAAGAAGUCAUAACUGUGCUCUGAAGGCCGUAAUCAAAAUGAGUUUUGGAUUGUCAUCAUUGAAAGUCAAGCCCACUGGCACAGAGAGAAUUGAACUGAGUGAGGGCACAUAUGGUGUUCCUGAUGUUAUGACAUGUGGGCUUGAAGGAACAAAAUCAAAGUUGGCACCAGCCCAUCCUCUGCAGAUGUCAGAAAUGAAGUUUGCAGAAAAUAAAGAACGGAUGAACAUGGCGAUGCUGCGUAACAUUCAGGGUCUUCAUGCACCAUUACAACUCACCAUGGAGCUCCAGGCAGCAAAUAAAAUUGGACGAUUACCAUUCUUGCCAAGCUCAGGAUUUAUGAGUGAUAUACUGAUGGGUCGUGAUGAAGAGAUGGGGUUUGAGGACUUCCUGAAUACAGUAGAAUUCCGUGAACAGAUGGCACAGCCACAUGCUGUUCUUGAAAAACAAUUGGGUUUUCUUUAAGUGUAAGGCUUGAUUUAUUUAUUUGUUGUAUUUCAAUCCAGUAAUAAAAUUACAGUUAAGGGUUGGGGAAUUUUAA